AUGACAUCAACGGCAGCGAAAAGCGGCUCACGUCAGAGUUCACCAGCACGGAGCAUCCUAGCUGGCUUCUCAACUACCUCGGACAAGCAGCCCUUCAUCCAAGAGAACGUCUACGUCCUACUGGGCCACGGCUGGUUUCAACGGAUGGUUCUGAUUUGCUCCGUGCUCAGUUUCACGGUGCUGCUUCUGCACGCGUUCGCCUACCGGCUGAUCGGUCGCCCCGUCGAGCACUGGUGCCGUCCACCCAAAGAAUUUCUGGGCAUGCCUCUCCAUGAGUGGAAGAACGCGGCAAUACCUGUCUUGCCGGACGGGGAAUUCAGCCAAUGCACCGUAUACGAACCUCCAAUGCCGGGAGAAGACACAAAGGAGCGCCAUGUAGUGCCCUGUCACCGUUGGGACUAUGCCGGUGACCGACAGAGAGACAGCAUCAUCAGCGCCUGGGACCUAGUGUGCAGCCGCCAUUGGCUGUACACGCUCUCGGCAUCCGCGUACAUGGUAGGCGCCAUGGUGAUUGUGCCCCUGGCUGGCAUCGCGUCCGACCGACACGGCCGUAGGCCGACUAUACUGCUUUGCUCCUUGACCAUGCUGUUCGGCAGCGUGGCCACCGCUUUGUCGCAGGUAUUCACCAUGUUCCUGCUGGCACGCUGUCUCGUUGCCGGCGCGUCCAGCGCCACCAAUCUCCUGGUCUUCAUCAUGCUCUACGAGGUCACGGGCAACGAACACCGCGCCCUUUAUGGCAUCCUGUCGGCGGGCAUCAGUACGGCGUGGGCUACUCCACUACUCUCCGUUGUGGCGCUGAGCGAUCCGCGUUGGUGGCUGUCGCACGCGUUCCUUGCGACAGCCACGGCUCUGGCGGCUGCUUGGUGCUACUCGAUCCAGGAGUCCCCGGUCUGGCUCAUCGAUACGCACCAAGUUCGCUUCGCUGAGCACGUCAUACUGUGCGCGGCCGCGCAAAACGGCAUCGAUCUGAAGAAAGCCAAGGCAACCUUCAAGGCGUUCAAGAAGCAGCUGGAGAAGCGAGGCUCGUCUGUUUCGACCAUCAGCACCGGCACGGGCGCCAGCACAUCGACGUUUCGCCGUCGAGCAGCUUCCGUCUUCAUUUCCUGGUUUGGCGCUAACUUUGCUUUCUACGGAACAGGCCUCCGCGAGAAGACGAUCAACAGCCUAUGGACCCUCACGGCACUCGCGCUCCAAGUGCUGCUGGUCCUCGUCACCUACAACGUCAUCACAAAGUGGGGCCAAAGAAACGCGUUGUCCAUGGUACUGGCAUUGCUCUGCUUGUCCAGCGCCCUGCGUGCCACCAUUCACACUCUCGACAUGACCUUUCCGUGGACAGCAUUUGCGAGUCUCAUAGUAGACGCCAGCGCCUCCGUCGCAAUGGCCAUGAACUACUGCUACACUACAGACGUGUUUCCCACCACUAUACGCAGCAUGGGCUUGUGCGUAUCUUACGCAGUCGGACGCGCUGGUGCGCUGCUAGCCACUUUUCUGGACACACUGACUGCCGGUAAUCUAAUAAUAUUUGACCUCGUCAUGACGCUAAUCGUGCUCGUCAGCGGAAUGGCCAUUCAGUGGCUGCCCGAAAUAUUUGUGCACAAGAAGGUGAGACAACCCACACAGCUUUUUCCCGAUACCGAGCAGCAGCGAAAGGAGGCUCUGAAGGCAUCCUUAGAUCUAGGCAGCGAGCUCGUCGGUACAAAACGUAAAACUCGCAAGUCGCGUCGGAAGGCCACACCCUCAUCCGCGUCAUCAGGCGCGCGAUCUCAGUGUGAGAACUUGUCUUCGGGGUCGGCACCCAUUUCAUAUUCUGAAACUGUUGUUUCUUCACGUGGUGUUAAGCAUUCGAAAUGCAACAAGAGCGGCGAAGCCAUAGAAGGUGCUUUACCACUUCCAUAA